AUGUCUCGAGAAGAUCCAAUUAAAGCUGAAAAAGACUAUUCAGCAACCUUAGAUGAACAAUUUCCUUUGAUCGAGAAGCUUCCAGAUUAUAAACAAGCAAUUGAAAGAUAUUUAGUUUUGGAAAAACAAACCCGUCAAUCAUCAGAUUUGCCUUCUUCCAAACGUGUCUUGAACAGAAUUGUUGAUGUUUUGGUGGACAAUACUGACUGGGAAUACUUGAAUGAAUUAAUUGUUGUUUUGAGUAAGAAGCACGGUCAAUUGAAGUCUUCAAUUCAAACAUUUAUUGCCAAGAUUGUCGAUAAUUUAGAUAAAUUGAGUGAAGAUGAUAAAUCACAACUCGAUUUGAAAAUCAAGGUUAUUGAGACUAUCAGAACUGUCACCGAUAAGAAGAUUUUUGUCGAAGUUGAACGUGCAGUUGUUUCUAGAAAGUUGGCUGAGAUUUACUUAACCAAGUUGAAUGAUUUAAACAAGGCCGUUGAUAUUUUAUGUGACUUACAAGUUGAAACUUAUUCCUUAAUGAAUUUCACUGAGAAGAUUGAUUAUAUCUUGUUACAAAUCAAGUUGACUUUACAAAAAGGUGAUUAUAAUCAAGCCAAGAUCUUGAGUAGAAAGAUUUUGUUAAAGAGUUUAAAAUCACAUCCAGAAUUCAAAGCACAAUAUUUGAAAUAUUUAAUUGAAAUUAACAUCUUUGAUUUUGAUUACAUUGAAAUUGUCAAGAAUUUAUUAUUGUUAAUUGACAUUCCAACCGUCAAGGAAGACCCAGAAUACAAGACCUUUUUGUCUGGUAUCAUUUACUAUAUCAUUUUGUCUCCAUAUGACCCACACCAAAAUGACUUAAUACUCAAGAUCAAAUCCAAUCCAGUGUUUAGCAAGAAUGUUGACACCAAGAUUUUCAAAUUGUUGGAAAUUUUCACAACCAACGAGUUGAUUCACUGGUCAAACAUUGAAUCCAUAUACAAGGACUUCUUUACCCAAUCACCAAUCCAAACUGAUGCCAAGACUAACGAAACCAACUACAAGAACUUGCAAAAGAGAAUAAUUGAACAUAAUCUUAGGAUAAUCAAUAAGUUCUACCAAUUUAUCAAAUUAGACAGAUUAGCGUACUUGUUACAAUUGUCGAUUCCAGAAUCCGAACAAUAUGUGAGUGAAUUAGUCAAUAAUGGCAUGAUUAGUGCUAAGAUUAAUCGUCCUCAAGGUAUAAUCAAGUUCGAGAAAACUAGACCUACAGUGAGUGAUAACUCGAGAACUUCAGAUUCAAAUAUAAAUUCAUUAUUGAAUGAUUGGUGUUUUGAUAUUGAUAAAUUAUUAGAAGAAGUUGAUAGUAUUGGUCAUUUAAUCAACAAGGAAGAAAUGAUGUAUGGAAUCAAACAAAAAGUUUAG